AUGAGAAAUAAAGAUUAUAGGGGGUUUAUAGGUUACAGGUGUGUUGAACUUCACUUCGUUGCACUUCGUUACGUUCAACUGUUUAUAGAUUACAGUAGGUUUAUAGGUUACAGGUGUGUUGAACUUCACUUCGUUGCACUUCGUUACGUUCAACUGUUUAUAGAUUACAGUAGGUUUAUAGGUUACAGGUGUGUUGAACUUCACUUCGUUGCACUUCGUUACGUUCAACUGUUUAAAGAUUACAGUGGGUUUAUAGGUUACAGGUGUGUUGAACUCCACUUCGUUGCACUUCGUUACGUUCAACUGUUUAUAGAUUACAGUAGGUUCAUAGGUUACUGGUGUGUUGAACUUCACUUCGUUUCACUCCGUUACGUUCAACUGUUUAUAAAUUACCAGUUUUCAAUGGGAAAUUAG